UUCGAGACAGGGUUUCUCUGUGGCUUUGGAGCCUGUCCUGGAACUAGCUCUUGUAGACCAGGCUGGUCUCAAACUCACAGAGAUCCACCUGCCUCUGCUGGGAUUAAAGGCGUGUGCCACCAUCACCCGGCUGGCCUGGUUUUUCUAUAGCUAUCUGUGCUCUCACAGUGGGGCCUGGACGCUACAGGUGGCAGGCUUCAGACAGGACAGGGUCUGACUUAGCUUUCAUCUCCAGGAGGAGAUGGAGGCAGAAGUGUCUGGGGAAGAACGUGGGCGUAUCCUCCUGUCCCUAUGCUACAGCUCCCAGCGUGGUGGCCUGCUGGUGGGCGUGCUGCGCUGUGCCCACCUGGCCCCCAUGGAUGCCAAUGGCUACUCGGAUCCCUUUGUCCGCCUUUUCCUGCAUCCAGGUUCUGGGAAGAGAUCCAAAUACAAGACCAGUGUUCGGAGAAAGACCCUGAACCCUGAGUUCAAUGAGGUGGGUCACAGCUGGGAGAACCCAGAAUUCUUUUACGCAGGUCAUCGGGAGGAGUUGGCCCAGAAGACACUGCUGGUGUCGGUGUGGGACUACGACCUGGGCACAGCUGAUGACUUCAUUGGUGGGGUACAGCUGAGUAACAGAGCCAGUGGGGAACGCCUUCGCCACUGGCAUGAGUGUCUGAGCCAUAGUGACCGCCGGCUGGAACUGUGGCACCUGCUGGACAGUGUGCCCCCGCAACUUGGUGACUAGCCAGCACAGACCCCUGCUUGCAGCCUGUUCAAGGGCCAAGAUGUUGCUGCAGCUGGAAAGAGCUGGAUGUGAAAUUCGGAGGCCAGGGUACAGCUCAGGAGGCUGCCUGCCGGGCCGGGUGCUGCAGAGCAAACCGUUGCAUUCGCUCCUCAAGCUCUGGCCGGAAGUGUCGGAUCAGACCCUGGGAAAGAGAGAGGCAC